ACCCAACUUAGGGUAGAGUUGGGAUUUCUGAGCCCGAGCUAAUCCUCAGUUUGUGAGACUUCAGUCCAGCUUGAUCUGAUAAGUGGGUUGGGCUAAUCAGGUUUGGUUGGGUUUUGCUUAUAAAUUUUGUGAAUGUGAUGAAUGAUUUGGAUUAUGACUUUGAAUGGCUCGUGUAUUGAAAAACAAAAAUGGUCUAAAAUAUGCUAGGAUGGCCCAUUGUCAAGUCUAGGAUGUUAUAUGAUCGGUCGAAGAGGUAAGGAUAGAAAAAUACAUAUUCUAGAGAAUAAAAUUUUAUCAUCACUGAUGAACAAAAGCAUCUUAACCCUAGAUAUUAAUUGUUUUAAAAAACAUUUUAUGCGAAAGCAUUGAAAAGUAUGGAAACUACUUGUAAAAAGCUAGGAUCAUGACCAAUUUAUAUUAUUGUCUAGCAAUACUAAAGCUGCAUCAUAUGUUGUAUACAAGUGAGGCCUCUCUUGGUAUGUGUUGGUGGUAGGACAUACAUCUAGAUAUGGUUGAUGAGACUAGGCAAAGGAGAUGGUUUAAUAUUUGAACUCUUGAUAGAACUAUUGAAUGAUAAAUGUUGAAAUAAUACUCAAGAGUGUAAUAUAUUACAUGAAGUGUAAUUUCUAUUGGCAUGUGUCUUUAAAGGUUUACUAGUGAUGCUUAAAUAUUCUACGAUAAACAGUCUUUUGAAGAUACCAUUUAUAACCUCCACCUAAUUGAGAAAAGAAGAAAAAGAAGAAAGAAAAAAAGGCUAUUGCAUACCUAAUCUUUUAGUUGUAAAUACCUACCUAAUCCCCACUUUACCACACCAUAUGCUGCCAGCCACCAGUUGUGCAUGCCCAUGGCAUUAUGCUUUGACAUUUGUUUGAGUCUUUUCCCAUGUUACUGUGUUGCAGAAGUAGUUAUGCAUCUAAAUUAGUUUGGUAAAUCAAAUAUGUUUUCUAUAAGAUACAUUGAGUUGGUCCAUAUCUUUGAAAUGGUAACCUUUUUCUUUUUCUUUUUCCAAUUUAGUUAUUGUUUUGUUAAUGGCAUAUAUUUGUUUUAUCUCAUAUCCUUAGUUAUUGGUGGAUGGCCACUUUGUAUGAACACAUGGGGGUGCUUGAAUCCGUCUUUUCUAACAUUAGAUAUUUCUGUUCUAUAUUUCUGUUCUAUCACUUUUCUUUCUUUUUCUCUUUUUUAUUUAUGCAUGCAUGGCAGGAAAUGGUUCUAAGAUGCAACAAAAAGCAGGUAGUGGACCAACUGGAGGUGAAGCCCCUCCCGUCAUGCAGAACUUAGGUGUCCAAGGGAGGCCAGCUACCAGUGGAUCAUCAAGAGAGCAGUCAGAUGAUGAGGAAUUUGAAGGUGAAGCAGAAACAACAGAAAAUAUGGACCCUGCUGAUGCAAAGCGUGUAAGGAGGAUGCUUUCAAACCGAGAGUCAGCGAGGCGCUCGAGGAGAAGGAAGCAAGCACAUUUGAGUGAGCUUGAGGCACAGGUUUCACAAUUGAGAGUUGAAAACUCAUCAUUAUUAAAGCGUUUCACUGACAUCAACCAAAAGUACAAUGAUGCUGCUGUGGAUAAUCGGGUACUAAAAGCAGAUGUGGAGACUCUGAGAGCUAAGGUGAAGAUGGCGGAGGAAACCGUAAAGAGAGUAACUGGUGUUAAUCUUUUGUACCCGAACAUCCCCGACAUAUCAACAAUCGGAAUGCCUUUCAGUGGGAGUCCGUCUGAUGCAACUGCUGAUACUUCUGUUCCUAUCCAAGAUAACCCAAACCAUUUUUUCCAGCCCCCAUCACAUGACCAAAGAAUCAAUACCUGCCUCCCUGAGAUUGCCCCUGCUCCUCCAGUUGAGGAUGUUAUGCAUGGUGCCGUGGUUGGUGGGAAGAUGGGUCGGACUGCUUCCAUGCAACGGGUGGCUAGUCUUGAGCACCUCCAGAAAAGGAUGUAUGGGGGACCAAGCUCAUGUGAGCCUGUGCAAUGGGAUGCUGCUGCUUGGGAUCCUGAGACUUCUGUCAGCAACAAGCAAAAUCAGGUAUAAAGAAAUCCUGGAACUGCCUAUUGUUGAUGUUGUCAACUGUCUGUGCCUUGUGGAGGAAAUCUCUCUCAUUCUUAUUUUGGAUGCUGAGUAUGACACCAUCUAUUGUUUCCUUAUCUAAUGAACGGUUGUUUGCUUCUGUCCAUCUCUUUUCCAUCUUUGAUUCUUGUGUUGAGCAGCAUUUGUGCAAUUUUCAUGUUUAAGAGUUUGUACUAAUUUCCAUUUAUCGAUGCGUCCAAGCCGUUCAAACUUA